CCAAAUCAAGAACAUGUCUCAUUGGAGUCAAAUGCAUGACUCUGUCCUUGUGCUGAAGUCCCUGUAAGAUUGCGGCUCUCUAACUGUGCAGAGUCUCGUGAAGUAAGAAAGGGGAUAAUGGAGAGUAGUGUGAGGCGACGAAUGGAGGCUUUGUCUCGCCAUCUUUUGCAGCCACGUGAAGAAAAUACUGGGCUUCAUCAAGUUUUGUUAAAGGGCGUGGAGUUAGAAAAGCAAGUGGAGCCGGUGAUCAUAGGAGGCAUGGUGUUGGACAUUCAUGCUACUCCUUCUGUCCCUGCUAACCCGAGAACCACUACUCCUGGCAAGGUGCAUUAUAGAGAAGGGGGUGUAGCAAGAAACGUUGCGGAGUGUAUGUCAAAGCUUGGAGCUAAGCCUUACAUGAUUAGUGCUGUGGGACUUGACAUGGCAGGAAAUUUGCUGUUGGAGCCCUGGAAAUCUGCUGAGCUAUCUACAGAAGGCAUUCGAAGGCAACAAGAUAUCAGUACUGCUGUUGUCUCCAAUAUAUUCGAUGCCAAAGGAGAAGUAGUAGCUGGUGUUGCAAGUGUUGAGGCUAUUGAAAAAUUUCUCACACCUGAGUGGAUUCGGCUAUUCAAGCGCAAUAUAUCUUCUGCUCCUGUCUUGAUGGUUGAUGCAAAUCUAAGUCCUCCUGCUUUAGAAGCUUCUUGUAGAAGUAACUUAAGAUAUCACUUUAGAUUCUUGAUCUCCCCGAGUCUCCCCUUUCUCUUCACUAUAGCUCACUGGCUUAUUUUCUAUGCUAUUAGUAAUAGUUUUUUGCUUUGUUCAUUUGCACCUUGUUCUAUUUAUUAUUUACUUCCAAGUUUUGCUUUCUUUAUCUCAGUGGCAGCAGAGUCCAAUGUUCCUGUAUGGUUUGAGACUGUAUCAGUCACAAAAUCCAGAAGAAUUGCCUCAGUUGCCAAGUAUAUAAGUGCUACAUUUCCUAAUGAAGAUGAACUAGUUUCCAUGGCAAAUGCAUUGUCUGGUCAAGACAUUUUUCAUCCAAUCAACAGGGAUAAUAAAUAUUCAAUAGAAUCUUUAUUCCAAACGCUUAAACCAGCAAUCUGGGUUUUGCUAGAGAAAGGUAUAAGAGCUGUUGUUGUGACGCUCGGUCCAGAUGGAGUGUUUUUAUGCUCUAAAGGAGGACUGAACUCCAUGAAGAUCGGUGUGGAGGGAACCAAUCAAUAUGGAUUCAGUAGAAAGUUAUACGAUAUUGUAAAUUCAGGCUGUCCUUCAAGUUGGUAUUCUGAUGCUAUGCACCUAAAAGGAGGCUCUCAGUUUUUUGCUAUGCAUAUUCCUGCACUUCCUGCUUCGGUUGUGAGGCUUACUGGAGCUGGUGAUUGCUUGGUUGGUGGGACACUUGCUUCUGUUUGUGCAGGUUUAGAUGUUAUUCAGAGUGUGGCAGUAGGAAUUGCAGCAGCCAAAGCUGCUGUUGAGGCAGAGACCAAUGUGCCUUCUGAAUUUAGUUUGACAGCAAUUGCAGAUGAUGCAAGGACGGUGUAUGCCGGUGCCAAAGUUCUCUACCAUCAAUCAAUGCUGUAAACAAUGGUGAACAUGGGACUAGAUGACUUGUUCCAGUUAUUAGAAUUGACAGGAGAAUUAAAACCCUCCAAGAUG